CAAAGCCUUCGACAAGGUCGACCACAAGAUUCUGCUGCGGAAACUGUCAUCUUACGGCGUUUCAGGGGACUUGAUGGAUUGGAUCCGGAACUACCUCCAAAACCGUACCUUCCAAGUACGCGUCGACGGAGCGUUGUCUCCCCGCAUCCUUGCCACAAGCGGAGUUCCACAGGGGUCUGUUCUCGGACCGCACCUCUUCCUAGCCUUCAUUGACGACGUCACACCGCAAAUGGAGUCUUCGCUGCUACUAUACGCGGACGACGCCAAGCUGUGGCGCACAAUUAACCUUCCGGACGAUGCCCACGCACUUCAGACGGACCUCGACCGUCUACAUCAGUGAUCCAUAGAAAAUAACCUUCCAUUUAACGCUUCGAAAUGUCGCGUCCUUUCUACCCGCCCUUCCGCUUUUUCU